AUGGUGGCCAUGAGCUCCCCCAGGAGCUGGGAGUCGACUCAGUUGCUCAUGGGCACCACGCUGCUGUGCACGGCCGUCAUUUUGUGGUCCCAGCAUCGCGGUGGUGCGACGGCGUAUAGCUCACAGGUGCUGCGGCAGGAGCCGGCGGUGUCUCAACCACCGGGCGCGGGGUCAGCAGCGGCGGCGGGGGCAAACGCGUCGGCGGCAGGCGGCCCCCGCAAGCCGCAGCCGGUCGUGAUGCUGAUGAUUGGGCGCACGGGCAGCAGCCUGCUGACAGACGUCCUCAACCGCCACCCCAAAAUUCUGUUUGUGGGCGAGAAGUUCAACCAUGAGAACGCGUGGCAGCUGGGCAAGGGCGUUGACUACUUCUUCUCGCGCGGCGGCUACAAGAAGGUGUAUGAGGAAUGGCUGGGCAACCAGCCGCACAAGGGCAAGGUGCCCGAGAAGGAUUACAGCGCGUUGGAAUGGGUGGGCUUCAAGGUGAACACACACAUGGCCAAGUUCCCGCCCACGUUUGCCGCCAACGCGCACUGGAAGGUGCUGGCAGCCCUGGACCCGCCCCCCAAACUCAUCUGCCUCCACCGCCGAAACGACGUCAAGGCCGUCAUCUCCGAGCACCGCGCGCUGGCGCUGGCGGCCAAGUGCAAGACGUUCAGCCAUGUGCCCGGCUACAACUGCACCAUCCCCACCAACUGGACCAUGGCGGUGCCGGCCUUCCGCGCCUCGCUCAAGGCGCGGCUGGAGACGACGCAGGGGCACCUGGAGAUCUGCCGGUACGGCGCCGCGCGGUACCCCACCCUCUUCUCCGCCUACGAGGAUGUGCUGGAGCGCGGGGUGGGCCAGAUGGCGGACAGGGUGCUGGAGUUUGUGGGGGUGUCGGCAGAGGCGCGGGCGCGCCUGGUGCGCGACUUUGGCAGCGGGGAGGAGGAGGUUUCGUUCGAGAAGACCACCCCCGACGACCUGCACGACUCGCUGGAGAACAUAGAGCAGCUGGUAGCGGCGGCGCGGCAGAUGUAUGCAGACACGGCGGAGGACCUGUUUGAGUCGGAGUUCAAGGCCGUCAUCGCCUUGUGA